UGUGGGGUUUAGACAAGUAACAUGCCUAAACUAUUAAGGCAAUAAAUUUACGAGGGGUUGAGUGGGAGAGUCAAGUGAAGGGAGAGGCGAGAAGGAGGGAGUGUCGAGCAAGGGUAGUAGAAAACAGGACGACGGUGGGCGACGACGCAAAAGUGGAAAGUAGAAAGAAAACAAAAGACGUUACGAAGGCGAAAGCAUUAUUAUUCCAUCAAGACGGUUACGACGGCUACGAACUCUGGAAGUUUAUUGUCAUUUGUAUAAUUCUCAAUCUCAAUACCUUUUUCCUACAAAUUUUUGGGGCUCGUCCGGAAUCUUGAGAAAUUCACACGAGAACUUUUAGAAGUGCAAUGGAGUCCAGACAAGAUGGCGGAGUUAGUGACGCCGCGGUGAACGACGAAGAACUACGACUGACUGUUUUAACUAAGGACAAUACGAUGCCGGAUGUGAAACAUCUUAAGUGUGCUGAUCUGAAAAUCGAACUAGGACGACGUAAAUUGAAAACCACGGGUAGCAAGAGAGAGUUAGUGCAAAGAUUGGAGGCGGCACUUUUGAUUGAGAAUGCCAGAGAAAACGACGUACAAAGCGAUGACGAUGCUGACGAAAGUGAGGACGAAGAUAGUAAUAUUAUGCGCUAUAAAAGUGAGUAUUCCAAGCCGAUGUUUACUUUUAGAGAUGUUGAUGAAUCCCUUGAAACGUUCAGUGGUGACGACGGGAAGAAUGUUGUAAAAUGGAUCUCCAAUUUCGAAGACAUGGCGGAGAUGUGUAAUUGGAAUGGCAUGCAAAGGAUAAUUUACGCAAAACGACUACUUAGAGGAUCAGCGAAAAUGUACGUUAACUACGAACAAUGUACCAAAUCAUGGCGAUCAUUAAAAGAAGCCCUUUGCGCCGAGUUCUCUCCUAAACUCAACAGCAGAAAGAUUCAUAAGCAGCUGUCAAUAGAAGUAAAGCAUCAAAACGAGACUUACCAGGAAUAUAUGUAUAGGAUGAUCGAAAUUUCGUCACAAAUUACAAUUGAGGACGAAUCGGUAAUACAAUACAUUAUCGAUGGAAUUCCGGAUGAACAAGUAUGUAAGACAGUGCUGUAUGGUGCUACUACCUUUAAAGAAUUCCGAAAAAAGCUGAGAAUCUACGAAAACAUGAGAUCAAGUCGUAAGCCAAGUGAUAAAAUGACGGUGGGAUCCAAGAAGUUAGGGCGUGAGAUUAAGCCUAAUAAUUCUUAUAGAGAUGAAAAACGAUGCUACAACUGUGGCGGGAAAAAUCAUAUGAGCAGAAGUUGUCCGGAGAAAGACAAAGGAAUGAAAUGUGUCAGUUGUAACAAUUUUGGUCAUAUUUCAUCUGAAUGCCCUCUAAAUGUCGAGAAAAGAAGUUGUGAAGUAAAGGGAAAAGAAUUUAAGUCAAAGCCUGUAAAAGAAGUUAAAAUAGGGGAAGUGAGUUUCGCCGCCCUUAUAGAUUCAGGAAGUGAUAUAAAUUUGAUGAGAGCCGAUGAUUACGUAAAGAUGGGCGCACCAAAAUUAACUGGAAAUUCAUUGGAAUUUCACGGAGUAAGCGAGUGAAAGAGUUUUACGCUUGGAAGUUUUUGGUCUGUGGUAAGUGUUGACGGAGACCAAUUUUCAGUCCCCAUACAUGUAGU